AUGGCUCCUCAACCUCCAGGUCUCAAAAAGCCUUCCGCGCGCACCCUCCGCCACCAGCGAGUAACAGGCCAAAUCCACCCCCAAGCGCCCCAAAAAGUCUUCCGCGACGACGCCGCAGUAACCGACUCCUUCCUUUCCAGCAAGCGCGACAAGCGACUCAUCAAGCACUCCUCCUUCGUAUCCCGCAUCCAAUCAGCACGUAUCUCAAAAUCCACAAAGCGACGACGACCAUCGAAGAAACUAGCAGCGAAUUUGGAGAGUUUAGCUGAUGCGCUCCCGGAGCUGGAAGAGGGUGCGGAGGUUGAGCAGGGAAAGGUUAGGCAUAAGAGCUUGAAGAGCAAAAGGGGUGCGUUGAAGAGAAAGGAGAGGGUUAUUAAGGGCGAGAUGGAGAGGUUUGGGGUUAGUAUGGCGAGGUUGACGCAGCAGGAUGGUGCAGCUGCGCAGAAGGCUGAGACGGAGGAGAAGACUGCGCCGGCACCGACUGCGAAUCGGUGGGCGGCGCUGAGGGGGUAUAUCUCUUCGACGAUGGAGCAGAAUCCUGCUUUUGCUGAGAAGAACUAG